AUGACGCAGCACGAAACCGACUUCUGGGUUUCGCGCUUGGCAGAGCUCAGCGUCGUUGGAGCACUCAAUAGUGGGACGAGGGUGACUAACUACCAUGACGGAGAAUGCAGCGAAGAGAGUUGCUUCGGUCAGCAAUUUGAGGUGCCACCGCCGCCUCAGCAAGGAGGACGUUGGCCCUGUGGACAGCUGACAGCCAAAGGAAUUGACAUGAUGCGAGCGAAGGGCCAACAGCUGAGAGAAAGAUACAAGAAGCUGAUAGAGGACAUGCAGGACCCUGUUCAACAGGUCCGUGUGCAGUCCACCAACAUCAGGAGGACCAUCCGCUCAGCGCAGAGUCUUUUGGCUGGACUCUUUCCAGAGUACUUUGCCAACGACGAGGUGUUUGCGAUCCAUGCGGACGACUCGAAUAGUCUGGUGCCGCAGCAUUCGUACGAGUUGUACCAAGAUCUAGGCAAGGUGCUGGCGGAAGAGCUAAGAAAACAUGCCCCACCGGGGUUUGCUGAGGCGUCGCAGAGAAUCAGCGCGCUCAUUGGAGCAAAGUCGAGCAAGCUGGUCGCCUGGACAGGGUUGCGUGAAGUGUUGGUCUGCCGUCGAGCGCACGGUCUGGCCUUCCCUGACGGCCUCAGUCAGCAGCUCUUCGCUCAGAUCUGCGAGUACGACGCCUGGCUGUGGCACCACCUGUACGGCAGGAUGGACUUCUGUCGGGUCAGCUUCAAGGCUGGCGUGCAGCGCAUCUAUUCGUACCUGACAAGUCACAGACUGGCGCUCUUCUCGGCUCACGACAACUCGGUUGUGGCGCUCGUGAACGCGCUGCAGCUGCGGGUUCCGCGCGUGAUUCCUCCCUACGGCGCCAUGCUGAUCUUCGAAGUCUUCCGGCACCGCGUCACGGGCGAGUUCUACCUCAAGGUUCUGUUUGAAGGUGUCGAGGUGACAUUCGCCGGCCAUGAGCACUCGGCCCUGUGUCCCUUCGACGUAUUCGCGCAAGCGGCACAGAGGUUCCUGCAAGUGCAACAACCAGGCGCUGCAUUGUGA